CGGCGCGGGAAUUUGGAUCUUGUUAUGAAGUUGUCAACGUAAGACUAUGAAGCUGCACUGACAUGUUUGACUUCUAAACCUCUGUUUGGAGUCGUUCGUUGUUGGCAGGUAGCAGGAGGCCUGGCUGUCUGAGCAGUGACUGGAGGAUGAGCAGCCCUGGCCUGAGCAGCGGGACUCCCCAACAGCCUGACCUCUUUGAAGGUUUAUGGAGGCAGCUUAGAGAGUGCCACCAGAAUGCACUGCAAGAACUGGAGGCAAAAGUGAGCAAGUUGAAAAAGGAGCGCUGUUUAGAUGCUCAGAGACUUGAGGUGUUUUACAAUCGCAACCAGCAGCUGAAGGAACAAAACAAAACCCUGCAGGAUGCCAUCAGUCUCCUGGAAGAAAGACUCCGUGCAGGGGAGUGUGAUAGAUGUGCCAUCUUGGGGGACAGCCUGAAAGUUAAUCAGGAUCAGAAUUUGCGCCUCAUCACCAAACUGAAGAAUGAAAGAACCGGCCUUGAGGAUGAAAACCGAAAACUGCAUACUGAACUGCAAAAAUUAAAGAUGUCUCGCUCAGAGCUCCAGCAGACCUCAUCCCCGGAGCAAGAGGAAGGCAUCAUUCCAGACUCGCCGGUCCUGCCGAGCUCACUGCCCUUGGCAAACAAACUGAAGAAACGCAGAAAUAUUGACAAAAUAAGACACGUUCGCUAUGCGGAGAUACCUCUAUCGCAGUCUAACAACUCGCUUUUCAACGAACUGAACAAGGGGUAUGUUGAUGCUGUAAAGAAUCCUGAAAGAGCAGAAGUGCUUGUACCCAACACCUGUGAACUGGACGCGCCCCAAGCCUCAAAUGAUGUGAAUCUACGUCUGGAAGAAGCGGUAGCAGAAACAUGUGUCCUUGAACUUCUUGACAAGCGUCACCUGAAAACUCAGUCAACUGCAGGCCAGCAAAGCAGCUCAAAACAUCCCUGGAAGAAUGGCGUUCGUAUGAAGCUUUACCAAUGCUCCCCUUUAUCCUCACUGAUCCACAGUCCAGACUCGACCACAGAGAGAUCCCCAUCAAUUCUCCCACGUGUCAAACGCUUCUCAGAGGACGCCUCCAUUAACCAAGCAAAACGGAAGAAGGAGGAAUGUGAGCCGGAGGUGCACAAGGAGAACCGACAAGGAAUCCAGGAAAAACAGAAGGGAGGCAAUCACAUACAACCUGAACUGAUCAAACGAACAUCAGCACCGUUAAGCAGUCAAAGCUUCGAGGAGGAUCCAUUGGACACCAAGUUCCAGUCAGCACAACAUGGGACCUCCAACCAAAGGGCAGAUGUUUCCUGUCCAAGUCCCACCUUCAAGAAGCCAAGUGUUACAGGGGAAGCAAACAAGGGUGGUGGCGGGAAGAGACGAAGCCCCCUGAAGGAGCCGAAUGCCUCACAUGACCAGCAUGAAGGAGAAGAUGCUGAAAGGAAGUGCAGAGUGGAGCCCAUGUGGAGCAUCGACCCUGCGCUCGCCAUGUCCAUGUAUGACAGCGAGUGGAGAGGAGACGAGGAAGAACAAGAGUGUCGAGGAGAACUGGUAGAUUCCGACUGCACCUGGGUCAGUCACAGCUUACUGCAGCGUCGGGGAGAAAACACUCCUGACAGAAGGGACAGUGUGUCUGGUCUUGGCGAGAAAGCGAAUGACAGUUUGGAUAUGAUGUUUGACACAACAGCUUACGGGGAGUACAAGUCUCAAGAGAACAGUUCACACUUAGGCCAGAGCCAGCCCUGUGAUGAAGAUGAUGAUGACAAAGAGGAAGAGGAUGACGAUGAUGACGAUGUAGAUGAAGAUCCUCAUGAAAACACUAUGAGCCAAGGUAGAAAAAAAGCACGACACCCAGCGUUCGCACACGUGGCUGUGAUUCGCAAGAAGGACGAGAGAAGAAAACUGAAAGGCACCACGUGCAAGGAAUGUGAAGUCGUAAGUAUUCUGAUCACGAAGCUGACAUGUUUCAUCACUGAUCCCAUGUUAAGGAUGCUGAAUUUCCCACAGUAUUACGCCCAUCUCCCAGAGGAGGAAAAACAGAAAAAGCUGUCUGCGUGCUCCAGACACAGAUUUCUGUAUAUUCCUCCUUCUACUCCUGAAAACUUCUGGGAAGUUGGAUUCCCAUCAACUCAGACAUGCAUUGAAAGAGGUUAUAUCAAGGAAGAGAAAAAUCCACAAGCACGUUCUCGCAGAAGACAACCAUUCAAUGCUUUAUUCUCCCCAAAGCAAAACCAGCAGCAGAGCUAAAAGGGGUCUGUUUGUCUCUGUGGAAGAAGUGUCGGGAUUGGCCCAUUUACAGAAAACAAUUAAGUAUGUGAAGAACAAGCCUGUCACUGUGUUAAAAUUACACUGAGAGAACAAUGAAGCUCUGUUCUCUACUGCGACCUUGUUGAGAAUGUUGUUUUCAGUUUGAAGUCUAUAACUUGAAUUUGUGUUCCUGUGUGCAUGGACUGUAUGACUGGUUUGUGUUUAGCUGUUUUUGUAGAUAGUGAAUAUGAUCUGGAUAUGUUUGGAUAGGUAAAUGUUAACUCUGUACUCUAUCUAUGGAGAGAUGUACUGUAUAUGAUCCAGGUUAUACCAUCACCAAGAAUUCCACUGUGCUUUUCGUCAUCCAGUAAAUGCUGCAGUUCAUUGUUCACUGUGAUUGAACAGGAUCACUAACGUCGCUGUGACUACAGUCACUGAAUUACUGAGAGCUCACUGCACAGCACAACAUGUUCGCAAAGAUCAUUUUAUUUGGUCAGCAAAUUUAUGAUGAGAAAUUACAAAAACAAUGUGAAAAAAAUAAAACAGUUUUUUCUU